GGUCUGACUGAGUUAAAGGGAAAAUGGAAUACUCUUUCGUUCGGAGACAGAGCGACUAUGACGCAGACCCUUCAAUCCGCUGCCUCAAACAUUGACAAGUUUGCUAAAGCAGGAGACGAUCCCAUAGGUGCAGUACAGGGAGCACUCAAUAUGGUCGGUCAGUUUGCAGCACUUGCUGGUCCCACUGGACAAAUUGUUGCCGUAGCUUUGAGCUUCGUCUCUGGGUUUCUGAGUCUUUUUGGAAUAGGAGGAAACAAAAAGAAAUCUAUCGGGCAAAUCGUAAGAGAAGAAAUAAACGAGGCAUUGGCUCAGUUUUACGACCAGGCCCUCAGUAAUAAGGCUCGAGGUAUCGUUAGAACGUUCGACUUCUCGAAGGCAUACGUGGAUAGGCUUGCUCAGUCAGGCAAUAAGCUAACCGUCGCCCAAGCAGCGUCACUUGAGAGGAACGUGCCACUGUAUCUUGGCCUUAAAUUUAUGGGAACAUUGUCAAGUGAGAUAGAACGCCUUCUUAGGGUCAAUAAGAGAAACGAGGCAAAAAAGACAUUGAGAUACAUCGAGCUGUAUGCAAAGAUAGCUGUUCUGAAGGACGUGAUUCUGCAGGAGGUGGCCACUUUGUUGCCAGACGAGCUUGAACCCAACCGAAAAGCCAUGUUUGCCGCUCAGAACGUUCUACGCGAUCAGCAAAAGGAACUCAUUCAAUUUCUUCGUGCUGGCCGUUUCGAUAAGAGUCAUAAUAAGAUGGCUUUGAAUUACUUUGACCCAGAUGUGAACCCAGUAACAGAUGCCUAUAUGACCGCUGUGUUGAAAAUACCAGAUUACGAUCGUUCCAUGGCAGGAAUCUGGGCCCGGUUGCAUAAAACCUGCACUUAAGUGCUCACUUAAGUAGGUCACUUACGAAUCCGUUAUGGGUACACUUACGGGUGUUGCAUGGAACACACUUAGCACUCUCGUAAGUUUCUGUUUUACGUGGUAACUUACGAGCUCACUUAAGGGCACACGUAACUUUGUUAUAGUACUUUUAAUUAUUAAUUUGACUCACUUUAUUUUUUUAAAUUAAGUUAACCAUCGGUGAGUGUAAAGAAAGUUAAAAGUCGUUUCGAACACUUUUAAGCCUCUCAAAAAAUUGAAUUUGCAUGCAAACGUUAUUUUUCUUCAAUAUCUACUGAAAAUGAUAGUUCGUCUUCUUUUUUCACAAAAGUGUACAUCAGAGGUUAACAAAGCGCAUUAGAACGAAUUAUAUGAAGAAAAAUACUUUUUUUCACUUUUCAGUAAAAGAUCUCGUUAAAUUUAGCAAAAACAGUAACGAUACGGGACCCACAUAGGUCCCGUAAAUGUACAUGCUAUUUUUCCCGUAAAAAAAGUUUUAUGCAACGCCCGCAAUUUUUGUUGCAUAAAUGACACUUAAGUGAACACUUACGAAAAUCGUAAGUGCAACCACUUAAGUGAAUUCCCAAAGUGGACCACUUAAGUGAUUUCAUGCAACUGACUUAAGUUACGAGUGCACGUACGUGUACCCGUAGUUGUUACGGACGUUUUAUGCAACCGGGCCCUGGUGUCUAACGCGAGUAAUUCCUGGUGGAAGGAAGUUGCCGAUCACUUGGCAAGUGACAGCUGGCAUGUUAAUGCCGGGCGGUCAUCCUUACAUCACUCCCCAUAAUAAAGGCUGCUUUUGGAAACUCAUCCCCCAUGGUAACCACCUCUAUACAGUUGUCAACACCUACGGAGGUCGUAAGCACGACUACUAUGGUCAGUACCUGUCGUUUGACAUAUUUUACGGGGACGAGAGCAGGCUGACAGUGGAGGGCGACGCAGAUCUUUGGGAAAUCUACGGCAAUCAUCAAAAGAGGUAACUAAGUCCGGGAAAUUUUCACAAGCAUCUCUCUCUCCCGUCCUCAUAAACACAAAUGUAAAUCAAUUACAAUCACACUGCUUUUUUUUAUCCACCUAUCAGUUAGAUCACAUUCAGUGAUCUUCAGAUUGACUAAGUAGCUGUUAACGUAUCAGAAACGUACAUCACUUUUUAAAUUGCUGAAUUGCCAAGGCAAGGCAAGUGUAACACAACUGAAAUGACUGCCUAUUUUAAAAAGCCUAACGAAAAUGUUACGUCAUCCCUUGCGCACGCCCACACCGGUCUUUCUGUUCUGGCCAUAAAAACCAUCAUCUUCACGAAGUCCCGAGGCCGGGCGAAGCGUUCUUAAUUUAUACAUCCAUUUUCCUUUCUUAUUCCUCAACUCUUUCUCUCCUAUGGCCCUGUCUAUCAACUGUAUAAUCACAUGUUCUAGAAAGUGUUAGUAUAGACACAUGGGCCUUUUGAGGGCCCAAAUAUAAUAUUGGCUGACUUUUUUUUAUAGACGUAGAUAAUAUCUUUACAGGAUCCGCAGUAAAUGGGGCUGUGACUCGUCGGGUAACAAGUGGUGCAACAGACAGAUACGUUUGCAGUUAGAGGAAACUGAAUUAUGGGAUCCGAUGGUAGUAUACACCUUUGGUUUGACUUCAAGUAACGUUGGUUAUAUUUGGUGGAUCACAUACGUGUAA